AACCAGGCAAAGACCCGCUCUGACCACGCACUGCAUCUUGGAGCAGCGCCUGAUCCGUUGUCUCAGCUGCUGUCCACCCCGGGUAUUUAUAGACUUACACGAGGAAGCCAGCUUUCACCAUGCCGCUCCAGGGAAUGUCCAAUGUCUUCCCCGGGGCCCAUAACUACCCGUCGUCUGACCCAUCUUGCUCUUUCUUCGACUGGGAUCGCUGGGAAGCCGACCAGGUUGAACACGGCUCCUCCCGCUCUGAGUCUAACCUGAGUUGGUCCGGUCUCACUGACGACCAGGACGCUAUGAGCAUCGACGGCGGGCCCCGGUCGGACAGCCGGUCCAUCCCAGACCUGGUCUAUGGUGCCUCUGGUACCCCGUCCGACUCUGGUCACCCUGGCUCUCCCAGCUCCCCAUCUGCAGACCUUGGUGACUACUCCUACACGGCACAUCUCGGUCAUGCCAAGCAGCACAAUGACCUAUUCUCCAUCCCUCCCCAACCAGAGCUCGAUGAGCAGCUCCUGCAGUACAACUCAGAAGUGCAAGUGUACGGCCAAUUGCGCUCUCCAUUGGCACUGACACACGAGGACUACCACAACUCGCCCACCAAGAAGAGCUCCAAGGGCUCUGCCUCCAAGCGGCCCCACGGAGCCACUGAAGUCCCCUCCAAGAGGACGGUGCAAAGGGGUCGCCGUUCCGGACCCCUCUGCAACAAGGAUGAGGUCGCAGAAGUGCGGGCACUCGGUGCUUGCUUUCGCUGCAAGAUCACAAAAGUUAGCUGCGACCGUGAGCUUGAUUGUGAGAAGUGCGUCAAGCAUGCCGAGAGCAGGAGUGGUUGCUACGACUCCUCCGUGCCCUUGUCCCAGCAAAUCUGCAUUCGUCGUUCGUUUGCCCAGUGUGGCCGAGCUUUUGAGAAGAUCCAAGAGUGUCAACCAUCGACAGCUGCAAGCAAGCUUGCGAGAGACUCAAGGAGUGCGUCGCAGUCGAUGAUCUGGGAUGUCGUGUUCGUUCCCGGAGGACCAAUCCUGCCAAUCUCGGUUGUGGAGCAUGCCUUGGCACACGACCACGCCGACGUGUAUCAGACUGCACCUGCCGAUUACUUGCUCAAUCGUGGCCAGGUGCCCGGACUCCUGGAGUUGCAGGGAUGGGUGUCAAGUCAGAUGCAGUUUGAGGGUCCAAUCAGCUUCCAGCAUUCUUUGGACGUUCUCUUGCAGUCACUGUACGGGCAGAAGGUGCCCUCCGGCCGGAAGCCCGAGUGGAAGGUGCUCCUUGACCGUGUCCGCGAGAUGCGCUGUAUGUUCAAGAUCUGGUCGACAAACAGCUUCUUCUGCUACCGCGCAGGGGAUUCCGUGCCUCAGGAGCUCCCUUGGUUGGUCCAGGCGGAGUUGAAGAGGAUCGCGACAUCUCGGAUGAGGUCUCUGGAGCUUGACAUCCUCGCCUCGCUUGACAAGCUGCUCGAACCGAAGGAGGUCAAGUCGCUGUUGGACCUGCAAAAAAUCACCGUCUGGGCAUGCCUCAUGGAGUGUAUUCUCCUGUAUCGCGAAUUGUUGGCGAUGCCGUCGGUCAAUGGCUCGGGCUUUGGACAAGACUUAUGUAUGUGUCAGGUCCCCGGAAUAAUCUGGACCCUCCAAGGCUAAUGAGCUGUGUACAGAUGACGAUACUUUCUCGCAUUAUGGCCGUUUCUGCAGGGCCACGAUGAGCAUAUACACAGGACUCGUUGUCAUGUGUGACGCGUACUUUGCCAAGAUCGACAAGCUUCUUGAGAGAUGUUCCAAGAUAGAGGCCAACUCGGACAGAACCAUGCAGGAUAUCAGCAUGGACGUGAGCCUUGUCCUCCAACAGCGAAGCUUUUUCUAUCAACAAGAUCUGG